AUUCCUUUCCCCUCUUCCCAUCUUCUUUCCUUGGAACAGUUUUCUAUUGUUAAAAUAGUUGUUCCUCAUCGCUUUCUAUAUUCAGCUUCUUCUAUAGAGCUGAAGCCCCGCAGAUCACGAUGCGCCAGGGCACGCGGCCAUUCUUAGCAGCAGCAGCACAAGGUUUCGCAGCGUCUGCCAGCCCCGUUGCACGUCGUUCAGUCGUGCGCCCACGUGGUGGUAUCGUUGGGCGGAGAUGCUAGUUUCAUCGCCCUCUCCCUCCUCCGCCCUUCGCCCUUCUCCCUCCUCUCCUCCCACUCGCCCUCAUCCCUCUCUCUCGUCUCCUCUUCCUCGUCACUCGUCGACGACUAUUUCACAUAACCAGCAUUAUGAGCCUGCCGGUAACCCGACAGCUGCGCCCGGUAGUCACUUCUCUCCUCGUUCUUCCCGUGUGGCCAUCGAAGAGCUUCGUUCAGCUCUAAAUCGACACACCGUUGCCUCGUCCCCUCCGGGGCCCUCAGGGGAUCUCCCUUGCGGUCGCAUGUCCGCUGGGCUGACCUCCCUUGGGGGCGGAAACAGCACUGCCGCGUCUACCGCUGAAAGCGCCGCCGCAGCCGCCGCCGCCGCCAAUACCAACACAAAUCCUUCAGGUGCCCCUUGUUAUACCCACAAUAACGGCCCUGCUGCUGUAACUCAAGCCCAGGCCUCCGCUCCCGCUCCCACACAACACCCCGUGGCCGCCUCAAUGCCCGCUCCAAAUAGCGCCGGCACAGGGUCUAAUAAGCGUAACAGUCCGAACGACCCUGUCGCUAAUGGUGGGCUUGCAAGCGGGAUCGGGAGCACGGAUUUGGAGGGCUCGCAAUCGAAGCGGCUGCGUCCCUCCAAUCCCACAGUCAAGUUGCUGCCGGCUCAAUAUGAACUGGCUGAUCCUCGGGAUAUCGUUGUGCUAAUCUCCAGCAUGCUGAUGGAACUCAUUCGGUUCAAUGACAAAAUCCCGCUCCACCAAGGUCGACUGACUCGCUUUCACUCUCGAUCUCCUCCGCGGAUUUCCGUCAAUGACUACCUGCAGCGAUUGACCACUCAUGCCACACUUUCACCCCCGAUCUUGCUGAGCAUGGUGUAUUAUAUCGACCGUCUUUGCGCUCUUUAUCCAGCCUUUACCGUCUCUAGUCUCACCAUUCACCGAUUCCUCAUUGCCAGUGCAACAGUUGCGAGCAAAGGACUGAGCGAUAGUUUCUGGACGAAUAAGACCUAUGCUCGGGUGGGCGGUAUCAGUAUGACGGAGUUGGCUCUUCUUGAGCUAGAGUUUCUUUUCCGCGUAGAGUGGCGCAUUGUUCCUCAGCCGGAAGUGCUUGAGGACUACUACCAGAGUCUAGUUGAAAGAUGUGAAGGAUACGAGAUCCUACGCGAAACUUGAAGGAAUAGGUUUCGUUGCAACACAUGCCUUCUAUUUCCCAUUUGCUCGACCUAGAUGAGGUUUGAGAUUACUUGCAUAGCAUGCAGCAGCGUUGGUCACCGUUUUUAAAAUUCUAUGAAGGGGGUCAGCGAUAUCCCCUGUUGUUUUAGUACAUAUUACGUUAAAAGAAAGGUACAGACAGAUGACUGUGCUAAUACAUAAAUCCAACUGUGGUGGAUGAUCUUUUUCUUUUUCUUUCUUUUCCUUUUUUAUUUACCCAUUUCUUUCGUGUUUUCGGUUGAUUUAUUUUUGUUUUUUCUUCAUCGCAUCCAUUUCUUUUACUAUAUUUUCAGGCUGUAUAUCGAGCUAUAUUGGUGUUAUUGUGACCGGCGUCAAGGAGAGUACCUACUAUAGCACUGUACCUACUACCCUGAAACAAUGUGUGCAUACGACUAAGUACUUAAAGCCGAACCUUACUGGUCGUGCAAUCAUAGUAGUGUUUUCAUCCAAUCAUCAUUAUCAGGCU